AUGGCACCGAUGGCAACAGACGUGACCUGUCUUUUUGCUACCACCAUAGGAACGGGAUUGUGUGUGGCCUCAGCGAAUGCAAUCAAUCAAUUUAUGGAAAUUCCUUAUGACGCGCAAAUGUCACGUACGCGUAACAGGGUACUUGUACGUAAGGUCAUAUCACCAUUUCACGCAUUUUCUUUCGGCAUAGUAACCGGGAUCACUGGAGUGGGGAUUUUGUCAACGAUGGUCAACCCUCUAACCGCAUUUCUGGGCGGAUCGAAUAUUCUAUUGUACACUUGUGCCUAUACCCCGAUGAAACGCAUGACCAUCGCCAACACAUGGGUUGGAUCCAUUGUAGGAGCCAUACCACCGAUGAUGGGAUGGGCGGCGUGCACAAAUAACCUGGAAUCUGGAUCAUGGAUAUUGGGAGCAUUGUUAUUCGCCUGGCAAUUUCCUCACUUCAACUCGCUUGCUUGGAGCAUGAGAUCCGAUUAUGCAAAAGCAGGUUACAAAAUGAUGGUCACAAGUAAUCCGAAACUAAAUAGUCGAGUGUCGUUAAGAUACUCGUUAGCAUUGUUCCCAAUAAGUUUUAUGGCCUCUUACAUCGGCAUGACCACUUGGUGGUUUGCAUUCGAUUCAAGUUUAAUAAAUAGUGUCCUUUUGUUGGGCGCCUAUCGAUUCUGGAAAGAUUCAAAUGACAAAUCUUCCAGAGAUUUGUUUUUUGCUAGUUUAGUACAUUUACCCGUUGUCAUGGCGUUGAUGAUGGCCCACAAGAAGGAUUGGAGGAAUGAAUUGAAGAAUGACGAGUUGAAAAAAAAGGUUCUUUUGGAAUUAGAAAUUGAAGAUUUCGUUGAUGAAGAGAUCGAAAAAGAGUAUAGAAAUAACAAUGAAAAUUAA